GUCUGAUAACUGAACCUGAGAUUAAUUCUCCCCAAAAAUGCGUUGGGCGUCCAAGAAACCAACCUCAAUAACAACUACAAAGCAUAUGUUUCAAUGUCAAAGUAAAUUUCACACGAGACGAAAUAUUUCCAAGAUGAGGGCCAUAAUUAAAACUCGAAAGAAAGGACAUUGAGGAAUUGUAAUUUAAACUUAACAAGGUUAUCAACAAACACUCAAUAAGCGAUCUAUUUAAUUGCCGAGACAGUGAUUAGCCUACGGCAAGCUCCAUUUGACAAAGCCGGAAAAGGCCUGCAGCUAUGCAAGUUGUCAUCACCAUCACGUACACAGGGCCAAUGUUAACUCAGCUUAUGAAACUUUAGAAAGAAGGAGUGUGCUUCGAUCGAGCUCUCAGUGAUUGGACUGAAAUUCUGGAGCCAUUUGGAAGUGUCAAUUUAUUAUUAUUCAAACGCGCUAAAAUUGAUGUCGAGUUUCACUUAUAACCUGUCAUUCAUCGAUCAUUUCGAUUGGACUGUAUUCAGCAAAAGAGUCAAAAGCCAAGGAUAAAACGUCCAUAAGAGCUUGCACCCGAGUGAAGGAUCGAGCGGAGGGAGUUUGUUACGGAAGGCACGUACGACAGUGUUUGCGUGCGGUGUAAACGAGAUUUCUGUAAUCGUUCCUCGCCUCACCCACCCACACGUUGGUUCACAAUAUGAACAACACAUCGACCAACAACACUGGUAGCGACACUCAACCAAGUGUAACACUCGUGCUUUACUUCACAACGUUCUUCAUCGGUCUUACGGGGAAUAUUCUUGUCGUGGUGAUUAUCGUCACUCGAAAAACCAGUAAACGUUUGAAUGAUAUAUUCGUCCUUAACCUCAGCGUAUCUGAUUUGUGUCUCAUCCUUUUCUGUUUGCCCCCGCUGAUUUAUGUACAGCUUGUCGGUUCUGUUACUUCUCCAUUUUAUUGUAAAUUUGUAUGGCCCAUGGUUACUGUUUCAUUCUCUGCCAGUAUUUUGACCAUCACUUCUAUGGCGUGUUACCGUUGUAAAGUUCUUCUUCAUCCCUUUGAGCUUCCGCCCAGCGGCAAGCAGGUUCUUCUGUGGAUUUCGUCAAUAUGGCUUCUCUCCUUUGUGAUUUCCAUACCACUGAUAAUCACCUCAAAAUUUCUAGAGAAUCUUCAGGGCAGCACAUGUUACGAGGACUGGCCAAGUAUAAAUUUUAAAAGAGGUUACACCGUGGCGCUUUUCAUUUUUCAAUAUCUCUUGCCCUUACUGACCAUAGCCGUCGCUUAUAUACGAAUUGGUAUCGAUUUGACACGAACCAAGGUUCGGCGCGCUUCGAUUACAAAAAAAGGAGACGUUUCAGACCAAGGAACGAGAGAAGAAAAUGUAAAAAUCAUAAAAAUCUUAGCAACAAUUGUUGUUUUGUUUACAAUUUGUAUGUUACCGGUGCAUAUUGCUUGGAUGUUAUUGGAUUUUGGCGGAAACCGCGAGAAAGCGAUAGCGGAAAUAAUUUUCAAAUUUUCAGAUGUCUUAGCCAUUUUACAAAGUUGCCUAAAUGCAGUAAUAUAUGGCGCGCUCACCAAACAUUUGCGACAUGGAUUUUUAAAGUGCUUGUUACGGCCGUUAGCGAUUUGUUACGAUUUUCGAAAAGGUAGAGAGCAAGUCAGUUCGCAAAGAAGGCUGACAUACCAACCAACUGGAGAGGAAUUGGAGACAUUCACUCUGGGCAGAAAAAGUACGUUCUCUUAAAAAUCAGUUGAUGUUUCUACGCUAGGACCAGCUUUGUUUCCCCUGAAAGAACCUUAAGCGUUAACGAAAUCGUGCAAAUAAGAUCAUUUGCAAGUUUUUUGUUCUUAAUAGAUUUUGAGUAAUAAUGCUUUUAGCCGGAACUCAAGUGACAAUGACUUAAUAUGCCUAAGGAAACAAACCGAACAAUGGAUUCAGUACCAGGUUGAAAGAGAAUUUGUGCGCAAAUUGUUUUGAGUCAAGUUAGGUUGUUAGGAAACAGAUGAACAAUUAUUGUUAUUAAGGUAAGACCACUGGUUUUAGAACCUUUGGUCUAACAUCACGUUUAUCAAGUGUAAAGGAACUUGUUAAAUUAAAGCAUACCCAAUCCGUAAA